CACCAACAAGCUGUCACUCCCUCUACUUACAAAACAACAUUUUUUUGUUUCUCAGGAUAGCAAGAAGUAACAGAGGGAGGAAGAUGGCAGCCUCACUACAAGCCGCGGCUACGCUCAUGCAACCCACUAGGGUGGGUGUCGCUCCUUUUCGCCAGUUGAGGUCUUCUCAAAGCGUUUCAAAGGCUUUUGGUGUGGAUUCAGCUGGUGCUAGGCUCACUUGCUCUUUGCAGACUGACUUAAAGGACUUGGCACAUAAAUGUUUUGAUGCAACCAAAAUCGCUGGCUUUGCCCUUGCCACUUCUGCUCUUGUCGUUUCGGGAGCAAGUGCUGAGGGUGUUCCAAAGAGGCUAACCUAUGAUGAAAUCCAAAGCAAAACAUACAUGGAAGUAAAGGGAACAGGAACUGCUAACCAGUGCCCAACAAUUGAAGGUGGUGUUGACUCAUUUGUCUUCAAGCCAGGCAAAUACCAAGCCAAGAAGUUCUGUUUAGAACCCACUUCAUUCACCGUCAAGGCUGAGGGUGUGAACAAGAAUGCCCCACCAGAAUUCCAAAAAACCAAGCUCAUGACGCGUCUUACCUACACUCUUGACGAGAUUGAAGGCCCUUUUGAAGUCUCUCCUGAUGGCAAUGUCAAAUUUGUUGAGAAGGAUGGUAUUGACUAUGCUGCAGUGACAGUUCAGCUGCCUGGUGGCGAACGAGUCCCCUUUCUUUUCACCAUCAAAGAGCUGGUGGCAUCAGGCAAACCUGAAAGCUUUGGGGGAGAGUUUCUUGUCCCAUCCUACAGGGGAUCAUCUUUCUUGGACCCAAAGGGCAGGGGUGGUUCAACCGGCUAUGAAAAUGCUGUUGCAUUGCCUGCUGGAGGCAGAGGAGAUGAGGAAGAUCUCCGGAAGGAGAACAUCAAGACCUUUGAAUCUUCAAAAGGAAAAAUCAUCCUGAGUGUAACCAAGAGCAAGCCAGAGAGUGGAGAGGUUAUUGGAGUUUUUGAGAGCGUUCAGCCAUCUGAUACUGAUAUGGGGGCAAAGGUUCCAAAGGAAGUGAAGAUCCAAGGCAUUUGGUAUGCUCAGCUUGAGUCAUAAGGCUUUUCUUAUAUGCAUGUACUUAAUCCUUGUUUCAGAUUUUGAUAUAUGUUAAAGUUGUUGCUAAACUUUUCUGUGACCAAUCGAGAAGCACUCUUGUUUGUAUAUUAUCUUAACUUUUUCAUAGUAAUGUUGUAAAAUUUCAUCUCCA